GGUAAGGUAAAUCUUUUUCAUGACACAAAUUUACCACGACGUUUCAUAUUUAAAUAAAUGACGACUUUAAAACUGUAAUAUUCUAGUCCGAAGUUUCAUCCUAAUAUCAUGUAAUCAUUAUGUUUUAUUUAUUGUUCCUUUUCUUCAUCAUGAUUAAUGUCUGCGUACUUGAAUUCAUUCUUAUGGAAUAAAAAGAUAUCCAGGAACGAAAUGGAAAAUUCCAAAGAACAACCGCAAAUUCAGAACGCUAACUGGCGACAAAGAAAGGCUGUAGGGGCGUGUAUGGGGGAAAUGUUUGAUAGAGGUCUUUGGACAGAUGUUGAGUUUCAGUGUAAAGAUCAUGAUGCAGAAGGAAUCAUAAAAGCGCAUAAAAUAGUCCUAGCGGCAAGAAGCCCAGUUUUUGAGGCGAUGUUCUUCGGUCCAUGUGCUGAUGGAAAGAGGGUUGUGGAAGUGAAAAAUAUCGAAUCAGAUAUAUUUCAAGCAUUACUGUGAUAUAUCUACAGCGAUACUGUCAACCUUACAGCGGAAAUAGUGUUCUCACUCAUGAAAACUGCUCAUUACUAUCAGGUCUCAUGCUUGGUUGAAUACUGUGCCGAUUUUCUUUGCACAAUAUUAUCACCGACCAAUGCUUGUGGUAUUCUAACACAUGCACUUCUAUAUGAACUCGCAAGCCUUAGAGAUAUCUGCUGUUCCUUUAUUGAUAAUAAUGUAGAGGUUCUAAAGUCAGAUGGCUUCUUAGAUUUAUCAGAAGCAGGACUUUUGUAUAUUUUAAAAGGUGACACAUUAAACACCAAAGAAGAAAACAUCAUAGAAGCGGCGGAAAAAUGGUCAAUGAAAAAACUUGAUGAAAGAGGUAUUGAGCAAAACGGUACAAACGCUCGUAAGAUUAUGGGUCAAGCGUUCUUUCAGUUAAGAAUUCCAACUCUUACAAAUAAAUCAUUAGUUGAGUCAAUAAGCAGAAAAGGAUAUUUGUCUGUAGAGGAAUAUUCUGAUAUCGCCGCUUUCAUAAACAAAGUUGACGGUAUCAGGGUUGCAUCGAACUCGUGCAUUAAACGAGUGCAAGAUAGUGAAUCCGUAACAGUGCAAUCCGAAUAUGGUACCGAAGAAAGAUAUAAAGAUAUGUCCACAUCGUUUAAAAUAUAUUUGAAAAAAGAUGUUGUACUUAGAAGUAUCGUAUUUAACACAAUGAAGCCGUAUCUUACAGAGUGGCAGACUCUAUACACAGAACCUGAUGUAACAGAGAAGGUUUCUGUUCCCGGUCCCGAAUAUACUAUUGCCUGCCAUAAAUAUGAAGACAAAAUAUUGAAGAUAAGUAAGGUAAUAAAACCAUCACCAUUCACACGAAAAGCUGUUCAUGCAAACUACGACUUUUCAGAUACACCAUAUCGUGUCAGUGUUUUGAAGAUGAAACCAUACAAAAAAAAUAUUCUUCCGGAAAACAUGAACUUGACAUUGUGUGGGAGUGUAGAAAUUAAAGCUUUAGAGCUAAAGAAAGAAUUUGAAAUGCAGCAGCAAAUGCAAUAUCAAAACAACAAGGUUGAUUUAAAUCCACCAUUGAUACUAAAAAAAAAAAAAUAAAUCUCCUCAUCUUGUUGAAUUGAGAUUAAGAUAUAGAAGCACAGACGAUAUACAAAUACAAACGCUAAAUUGUAGCAAAAACUUGACAUGUACCAACGAAGAUGGAACUAUAACAAUAAAAAGUGUCGGGGAGAGUCGAUUGAUUGGAAUAUCACGGCUCAAUUUUCAGAACUUGUCAAAUAGGGAGACCACAUUCGAUUCUCAACCUAUGCGAGUUGAUACAGAAUAAUUCCAUCAAAUAAUUUGUUGUUGUCAAUGACAUUGAUGAAUAUAUUUUAAUAGUUUAAUGUUAUGCUGCAUAUUUUUAUUUCGGUAAGAACUCUGUACACUAAAUUAAUUCAUUCAUGAUGUUCGGGUUUGAUGUGACAAGAAAAUAUAUGUAUAUAAAUACAUUUUUAUUCUGCUACUGUCUAAAUUAGUCCAAGAAAUUUGUGAAAAAAUUGUGCACCUUCUGUGAAAAGCAUGAAA